UUGUUAAUUUUUUAUAUGUGGUUUCAAGCAGAAUAGACACGAAAUAAAUUAGCAUAACUAUGGUCAACUUAAUCGGAAAAUCGCAAUUUUAAACUCCCUUUAUUUCUAAUUCAACUUGAAUCUUUCUACACAAACGAAUAUACCAGUUAAAAGGGGUUAACGUUUUGUUUGAAGAAAAGCCGAAGUGUGGGCGUAAAUUACCGACAACGUCCGAGUACUAACAAACACUACUACAGACCUUUAAAAACCAAUACACUGAACAUUUGGCACAUAGCCAUACCAAACAGCUAGUUCAAUCAUACGAUGUCUGGUGUGAAAAAGAGUUAUUCUGGAUUUUUUAUUUCACCGGGGAAGCUCUAAGCUCUCAGUCAACAACUUUGAAGCUAAGGUUUUAAAUCUUUUAUAACAAAAUGUCGUGGGGAUACGGAAACGACAAUGGACCAUGUACUUGGUGUAAGCAGUUCCCUAUUGCCAACGGGAAAAGACAAUCGCCAAUCGACAUUGUUCCAGACAAGAUAACCUUUGAUCAACAAUUAGCAAAUUCUCCAUUGGUUGUCAAAUAUGAAAAAGAACAAAAAGCUGAAGCAAUGAACACAGGAAAAUCAGUAAAAGUACAAGCAACCAAAUCAUCAGAAAUUAAAGGAGGCCCUUUAACAGGGACAUACAGGUUAGAACAGUUUCAUUUUCAUUGGGGAGCAGAUGACAACAAAGGUUCUGAACACACAAUCAAUGGCAAGAUGUACGCUGCAGAGCUGCAUUUAGUACAUUACAAUACCAAAUAUCCCAAUUUUGGAGCGGCUGUAGAUAAACCAGAUGGCCUUGCAGUGUUUGGAUUUUUUAUCAAGCCUGGGGCUAAGCAUCUCGGUAUGAAAGAAUUGACAGAUACCACCUUGUGUAGUAUUACAGCGGAGGGGAAAACAUGUAAUAUGGCUUGUGAUUUAGACAUGGUCAGUCUUCUCAACUCUGAUCUGACAAAAUAUUGGACCUACCUGGGUUCUUUGACAACGCCACCAUUAUAUGAAAGCGUGACAUGGAUUGUCUUUCAAGAUCCAAUUGAAAUGUCCAAUGAACAAUUACAGGCACUACGUAGCCUGAAAUGUGGACGUAACUCUAUAGUAGACAACUAUAGGCCACCUGUUCCACUUGGCGACAGAACAGUCCGAGCAUCAUUUAAAAAUUAGUAAUAAUAAACUUUAGAUCCAUAAUCGGGAAUCUCAUCCUAUGUACUUGUGUAAUAUAUGGUUCCCGGUGUCUCCGAUAUUUUACAACAUGCAAUAUUUAAUGUUUUUAAAAUUGGUGUUCAAUUGCAGCGACAUUGUACAAUUCUUUUAAUAAGUCAUUUUAUCAAUUCUGCAUUGGGUUCUAAAGAUGUAUUUCGAUACGAGUCACUUCACUUUUAAGUAAUACUCAUGCAAUCAAGAUAGUCAUUUUUUCUAUGCUAAUUUACAUCCUUGUUCUCUGGUGUCUAAUAUUCAAGCAUAACAAAUCUACGUAUGUUUUAUAUAGCUACCUUUUAACCUCAUCAUUGUUUGACGAUUUUGCACUAUACCAGAAAAUAUUGCAGCAAAUUUUGAGGUUAUAUUGGAAUAAUACAGGUUUCUGGAAUAGCGAUACUAUUCAAGUUUCAUUAUGUUUGAUACUAAACAAAGGAAAAUUUCUAUUACAAAAAUGAUAAAAUUAACAAGGGCACCUAUAUUACACGUUCUAGUAACAAAGAGAUUUACCAUAUCCCAAUACCCGAAAAAAAGUUUUAAACGAAUACAGUAGGCAUUACAAAUAUGUUAGGACUCUUAGAAUAAUUAUAAUUAUACCUCGGCACAUCUGAGAGGUUUACUUUAUAUAACCACGAUUAUUGUAAGAAGAUAGAUAACUCUACUGUUUUAUUAUUCCACCUGAUAAGGAGAGUAACAUGACAUAUUGUAUUGUACUGAAAGUGUGUAAAUAAGUGCUAUUUUAUUAAGUCUUGAAAUGGUAAUAAGUACUAAAAAUUUUGAAUUUUAUUAUGCCAUGUAGCGUGCUAUUUUAUAUAGUCUUGAAAACAUAAGUGCUAUAUAUUUUUAUUUUGUUAUGAAAAAGUGUUAUUUUAUAAAGUAUUGAAAUCAUAAGUGCUAAAUAAUUUGAAUUUUAUUAUGAAAAAGUGCUAUGUAACGUGUUACAGUCUUAUGUUUUACAUUUUAUUAUUUACAUAUGUUAUUAUUCAGAGACAAUUAAGAAACCCAAGUAUUUAAGUGCUAUUACAAUGAUUAUAAAUUGUGUAUUGUCACUUUGUUUUUCAGUUGUUAUACAAUAAUAUUACCAUACAAAUGUUUGUGCAUUUUACAUAUUUUGUCGAGAAAUUCUUUGUUAUGAAUAUUUAUGAUGUGAAAUUAUUCAAAAUUGUAUUUAUAAUAAAAGACAUUUGGAGCA